CAGUCAACAAAGAGAUUGCCAAAAAAAUGUCCUAAUAAGGACAAAAAACUGAGCCACUGUCCAAAGCAAGAGGCUAAUGCACAGACUAAAGUGGGUUCUUCCACUCGCUCCAGCCCUGAAACAACACCUGAGACAGAGUACGUGAGCAGCCUAAACAUCUCAAAAAGGAUUACAAGAAAUCUUCAGCAGCAACAAACCAAGGGAAUAAGAGCACAAGGGAUUAACCAUUUUUACCAACAAGCUGUGGAUUAUAAUUUGGACAUUGGAGUACAUUUGUUCACUCCGGCAGAAAAUUUUAACAUCAAAGAAGUUUAUGACACCUCGGCCGGGGUGGUGAUUUACCUCAAGAUCUUGAGCUUUCAGCAGGAAGGGAGAGGCAAGCCAAGGAAGGACCUAACCCUCUUCAUCUCACCUACAUUCAGUGAGACAAAAACAAACCAUAUCCCAUUCACUGGACUAUUUUGGUGUGACAAGAGCUCAUCUAGGUACCUCCACCAUGAACAAGCUAAUUUUAUUUGCAGGACUCUGUCUUUGUCUUGGCAGUUUGGUGUCAUCCUCCAGACUGGUUUGUUAUUUCACCAACUGGUCCCAGUACCGACCUGGCAGGGGGAAGUUUAUGCCUCUGAACAUUGAGCCAAACCUGUGUACCCACCUGAUCUAUGCCUUUUCUGGUAUUAACGGGGCAAAUGAGCUGGUCACCAUAGAGUGGAAUGAUGGGGAUCUCUACAAAUCCUUUAAUGGACUCAAACAGAGGAAUCCAAAUCUGAAAACACUCUUGGCAGUUGGAGGUUGGAACUUUGGAACACAAAAAUUCACUACAAUGGUGUCGACACAAGCCAACAGAAACACAUUUGUCCAGUCUUCCAUCAAACUACUGAGAAAACAUGGUUUUGAUGGACUUGACCUGGACUGGGAAUAUCCCGCUGCAAGAGGAAGUCCUCUGGAAGACAAGCAGAAAUUCACAUUGUUAUGCAAGGAACUCCUAGAGGCUUAUACAGCUGAAGGAACAACAACUGGCCGGCCCAGAUUAAUGAUCUCUGCUGCUGUGUCUGCUGGGAAAGGAACCAUUGAUGCCGGUUAUGAAAUCGCACAGAUUUCAAAGUACGUGGACUUUAUUAAUGUCAUGACGUAUGACUUUCAUGGCACCUGGGAGAGUGUGACAGGACAUCAUAGCCCUUUAUACAAUGGAUCCCAAGACGUUGGGGAUAAUGUUUACUUGAAUACUGACUUUGCUAUGAGGUAUUGGCGUGACAAGGGAGCACCAGCAGACAAACUAAACAUGGGCUUUGCCACAUAUGGGAGAACAUUUCGAUUGUCUACCCAAUCCAGUCAGGUUGGAGCACCAGCCAGUGGUCCUGCUUCUGCUGGAACUUUUACCAGGGAGGCCGGCAUCUUGUCCUAUUAUGAGAUUUGUGGUUUUCUUCAAGGCGCCACUGUCAACAUGAUUGCAGACCAGAAAGUUCCGUAUGCCGUCAAACAAAAUGAGUGGGUUGGAUAUGACAACAAAGAAAGUUUUGCAACCAAGGUCAGUUACCUCAAAGACAACAGAUUCGGAGGAGCUUUUGUCUGGGCUCUUGAUCUGGAUGACUUUAAUGGACAGUCGUGUGGACAGGGAAACUACCCCCUCAUCAACCACCUACGCUCUCUUUUAGCUUCAGAUCUUCCUCCCCUUCCCUCAUCAGAAACCCCCACAAAUCCAGGGACCCCGUCUACCACCAAAGAUCCACCUCAAACCACAUCUCGUCCUCGACCUACAAUCAUUCCAUCAAAAACCACAGACAAGCCCAACAACUUCUGUGCAACAAAGCCUGGUGGGGUUUAUGCCAAACCUGAUGCCCCAGGUUCCUAUUACAAUUGUGCUAAUGGCAUCACCUGGAUCCAACACUGCCCAGCUACUUUGGUCUUUCGAGAUAGCUGCAAGUGCUGUGGCUGGCCUUAAAGGCAUGCAUAUCAUUUUACAUUCCACAAGCUCCUAGUGGGCAAAAACUUUUGUUUUUGCAAGUCAAAACUUCUUACAAGUACUAAAGAACCACAUCCAAGCAGCACCUUCCAAUCUACUCUCUAGGUCUGCCACACAGAGAUAACAUAUCUUCAACAAAAACCUGCAUAUCUGUUUCUUUAACCCUGUUAAUCUGUUUUCUCUGCUUCUCUUGAGCAGUAGGGUUGUAAAGUAACACAAAGGUAAUGCAGUGUUAAGGUGUUACUGGUAUUAAUCAAUGCUGCUUAUAUAAAUAUAGACUUGGCUCUACUAAUCACUGUAGCUGUGUUGUAAGAGGUUUCGAUGUUUCUAGAAGUAGUCAGGGUUUAAGAAACUUUCAAUACAAUGCUCUCCAUUACAACAACACCACAAUGUGUCGUAACAUAGCACAGAGGUGGAGGAUCGUCAACAGUUUUAAGAUGUAGACCAUGUAAUUGCAACAUCCCUGGUUCAACUCUGCAUUUCAUUUCUCUCUGCACUAAAUUCCACAAUAAAAAAGCUUUCACAGUGAAA